AAGGCGCCGCCGCUGCCUCCCGAGCCGGGGCGAAUCGAUUGCUCCGUGUCGGCCCCCACCUGCAGUAUGGAGUCGUCUCGGGGGUGGCCUGGGCCCGAGGCGGACCUUCUGACUCUAGCGGAACCGCAGGCCGCGACCUUCGGAGGCGGGCCGGGCCCAACGCCCUCUGAGCCGCCCUCAGGCCUCUGGGUGUACACGGAGGGAGAGGCCGAGAACGUUGGGGGCGUGAGCCGCCACCCCAGGGAGUCCCCGAAGACUUUGAGCGUCGUCCACCGGCCGGAACGGGAGGCUCGGGAGGACGAGCCCGGCCCCCGAGGGACGCUAUCUGGGGCCCGGAGCCGCCGUGAGGCGCCGGGCUUCGAGCACGACCCGCCCCUAUCCUCCCGGCACCAGGACCCUGAGCCGCCCGAGGUCUGCCGUCGGGGGAUCCCGGGAGGCGGCGGGAUGAAUGCUGAGCAGCAGCAGGAGGAAGAAGAAGGCAACGACGAGGAGGCGACGGCAGCCGGCAGGGCUGGCCGCUCGUUCUCCAGCCGCCUUCAGGACAGCCGCAGCCUGGACGGGCUGAGCGGGGCGUGUGGAGGCGCCGGCUCCGCGGGGAGUGCAGAGCCUGGCGCGGGCGGCGGACGCCGCGCCACCAUCUCCAGCCCCCUGGAGCUCGAGGGCACAGUGAGUCGCCACGGCGACCUCACCCACUUUGUGGCCAACAACCUGCAACUCAAGAUCCGUUUGAGCGGCGCCCCUCCACCCCCGCCCGCUGCCCCUGCGCGGCCCUGCUCGGCACCUGCGCCCACUCUGGCCAUCCCGCCCAUCGACCCCGACGUGCUGCGGGAUCUAGAGCGGCUGAGUCGGGAGCUGGGCGGCCGGGUGGACCGUCUGCUUCGCGGGCUGGGUGGCGCGGUGCAGGAGCUGACCGCACUGAGCGUGGGCUGCAUUCAGACCUAUCGCGACGCCGUGGACUCCUUAGGCGAAGCCGUGGACAUGAGCAUCAAGGGCAUGUACACUCUGCUGGCACGCUGCGAGGAGCUGGAGCGGGCUCUGCAGCCCGUUCAGGGGCUGGCGCGCCAAGUUCGGGACAUCCGACGCACUCUGGAGGUGCUGGAGGCCCUGUGCAAGUGACCCAGAGCGCAAGAGAGGCCGGGUCUGGCCAGGGCAGGGCCCAGCAGGACCCUAAGGACUCUUCGAGGAGCCCUGGUGGGAACUGCCCGCUGAGGGGAGGCCUAUGUGUUGGAGGCUCUUCCAGAUGUGUUCAGUUGGCCCGCGCCCCCUCGCUGGCCCUUAGGCAGGCGUGUAUGGGGAAGUUCUAACGGUUCUCCUGGUGGGAAGGGAUGUUGCUCUGCUUCUGUUCAGUUGGCCAUCUGUAGCUGCCCUGUUCCUCCCAACUCUCCUCCCUAGCUAGAGCACCAUCCCUGGUGACCCAGGGCUUUAGGUCUCGGCUUGAAGGUGGGGUCAUGACUUUCAUAUGUGAUCAAGAGAAGGGAACAGAGGAAGCCCCAGCCCCCACUUUGGCCAUCCUGACUCCAGUGGCCGCAUCUCAGGUGUCAGGGGCUGUGGGAGCUCGAAUGGUCCUUUGGCCACAUCAUGCAGGCCAAUGCACACCUGCAGAUGGAUAACCUCCUGUUUCUGCCUCCUGGCCCCCAUCCAUGUCACUUCUCGAGCCAGAACCAUGGUGGAGCUGGGAGGAAUGCAUUGCAUGGUAGAGGGGAUGAGGCGGGAGAUGUCUCACUGCUGUCAGGGUUCAGGCAGAAUUGUUGCCAGUUUUGAAGCCGACCUGUUGUGGAGUGUUCUAAUCAGUUUUGGCUUUUUGAGUUUUCAUGGAAUUAAAGUGCUGCUGCUGCUGCUAA